UCGACGUCACCGACGGCAUGACACGCUGAGUAACGACCGGUAACGACGCGCAGACGCACACACACUCAGCUGAACGUACAAGAUGGCGGCGGCAAUGGAUGUGGACACUCCCGGUGGCACCAAUAGCGGAGCAAGCAAAAAACGCUUCGAAGUUAAGAAGUGGAAUGCUGUGGCACUUUGGGCCUGGGACAUUGUGGUGGACAACUGUGCCAUUUGCAGGAACCACAUCAUGGACCUUUGCAUUGAGUGUCAAGCCAACCAGGCCUCGGCUACCUCAGAGGAGUGCACUGUCGCGUGGGGCGUUUGUAACCAUGCUUUCCACUUUCACUGCAUUUCCCGUUGGCUGAAGACCAGGCAGGUGUGUCCUCUGGACAACAGGGAGUGGGAGUUCCAAAAAUAUGGACACUAGUGAUGGAACCAAGGAGCUUUUUCCUUUGCUUCUCUGCUGCAAGCCAGAGGACUGUCAUUAAUACACUGCAAAACUAGGACGCGCGCUGUUAUCAAGGGACCUGUACCCUCUGUUAAAGACAUUUUCUUUUUUGUUGCAAUUCCUCAUUUUGUUUUGAAUUGCACGAAAACUUAAUUUUUAAAUGUAAACAUUUUCAAUAUGAUAGUAUGCUGUAUAUAAACAACAUAAAAUUAAA